AAUUGUGCCGACCUGCUGAUCCACCUGACACACCUGAAACUCUCAGCUUCACUCCGCUCGCGGUUUAACACUGAGAGUUUAAAGUUUUAAAUCGACCACUGAAGCGUCACUUUUCAAUUUUUUUUUAACAGGAUUUGAUUGUUUCAGGUUUCAGUACUUAGUUUUUUCUUCAGUCAAGAGUUGGAGAAACAACAAUGGGGAAACCCUCUGCAGUGAUUUCCUGCUUGUUGCUGAUUGCGGGAGCAGUGACGGCCCAGACAGAUCAGAGACAGGUCAGUGAGCGUCUGCUGCCUCAGUGGCUUACUGGCAUCAUCGCCGUUGCCGCCUUCCUUUUCCUCACCUUCGUCAGCUUCCUGGUGAAAAAGGCCUGGUGUGAGGAGUCCAGUAGGGCAGCGACCUCUGUGGAGUCAGAGAGAGAAAAUGAUCUCGUCAUGACCAAUUGUAACACCUAUGAGACCACCCUGGACAUGGUCAGGAGCAAAGAAGACAUGAACGCUUACGACAACCUGGUGAUUGACAGCACCGAUGACAAAGUUACCGCCAUGUGACCAACCUGAACUGAUCCUGCAUCAGCGUCGUCCUCAGCAUUACUGGACAGACACACAAGACAUACAUAUGUUUAUAGUAACAAAUGAACAUUUACAGUUGAUGUUUUUAUUAAUUUUGUUUGUUUUAUCGUAGCUGUCAUCCCAGGUGGGUGGAGUUUACCAUGAUGAACUUCAGAUAUCAUCCAUGUUGAAUUUACGUACAAAUAUAUUCUGUGACUGAUUUUUUUUCUGUUUUGACUGUAGCACAUUUCUAGGGAGAACCUGCAAAUCAUUUAGCAUAAUAUGUACAUAAUAUGUAUUCCUGGCUUUUUAAAUCCUCACUCACCUUUCAGAGCAGCUGACUGUCCUGUGAGCUCUGUGCUAAUUAAUAAGUUAUCUUUUUUAACAAACUGCUGUGUCGGCUCUCGUUACUGAUCAGUGAAAGAAUAACCUGUGAUUAAUAAUUAAACAGUUUUACAGU